UAGUUGGGGAGAAAAUGUUUGAUAUGUAAAUAAAAAAUAGUCCAAGCAAAGAAUGGACAGAAAAGAAGAAAAAGAAGAAGAAGAAGAGGAAGAAGAAGAAGUUAGUGAUGUGUAAGUAACAAGAAAAAAAUAUCGGGUGGGAAAGCGGGAAAAUGAGGGAGAUUUUUUAGUGAAAAACGUUGGAUAUAAAUAUUCGUUUGUCUACUACGCAUUGAUACCAAGCGGUAUAUAAAAAUAAAAAUAAUUAUAAUAACGGUCAUCAAGUAAAAAAUAAAUAUUUUGAGAUUUAGUAAAAGAGGAAAGUGGCGCGUAGUUUUGAGUUUUGAGCUGCGAAAAGCGAUGACAGCACUCGCGAAUUAUAUAUUUGACAUUAUAUAUAUACGUAUGUAUUUAUAUAUGCAUGUAAGUAAGAAACAGCAUCUCUCCCUUUUAUUGAGUGUGUUGGCUCCCUUUCUCAGUUGCUAUCACGCUCGCGCUUCUUGAUGCCGCGGCCGCUCUUCCAGCCCCUCGCCGGCUUGUCGACCAAGACUCUUUUUGCCGCGCCACCACCGCGACGCCCACGAAUAUACGCUGUUCACCCUCCUUCGAACUCGGACGCUAGUUUCAUAGUCGACUGUGGGAAAUACACGAGGAUAGACAUGCAAUCCAAAUUUACACAAGUUCUACUCAGUUUUGUGCUUGUGUUUACACUCGCCGUUUAUUCAGGUGAAGCCUUAAAAUGCUACGAAUGUAUAGCCGUAGGUUCAGGUACUGACGAGUGUGAGGGUGACAUUGUAGUUAAAUCUGACGACAAAAAUGUCGUCGUGGAUUGCGAUUUAUCAACAAUGAAAGCGUUCCAUUCAAGGAUCCAAGAUAAUCCGACACUGAAUCAGAUUUCAAGUCUUUUCGCGGUUGACACGCCUCAGCAGCAUCGAUCACAAACUAAAAUGCCAAUGUCUUGUCUCAAGCUUCGUCUUAAAGUUGAAGCUGAAAAUGUGAUGGUGAGAACCUGCCAGUCAGCACCAACAGAGACAGUAAAACCUUGUCAAGUAAUGGAAGAAAAAGCCAGAAAAGAUUAUCGUAAUAUUGCAUCAGUAUUAUCAUGUGAUAUUUGUGAAGGCGAUAAAUGCAACGGCUCUGGUGUUAAAUCGGCAACAUUUAUCGCGAUAUUUCUUCCUCUCUUGGCCUCAACUCUCACAGGUCUCUUUUACCGGAUGGCGUAACGUAAUCAGUGCUCACCAUUAAACCACUAAAAUUUGAAAAAAAAAAAAAAAAAAGUAAUCAAAAAUUAUGUACAUGAAUGCGGGCAAAAGCUGUUAAAAGGAAGUCUGCUCAUUUAAAAAAAUAUAAAAUAUUAUUUCUGAAGCCUGCUUCUUGUCCGCACUCAUGUUCAAUUACCAUGGCUCGUACUUGGCUUUGUACAUCUAAUUGCCGGCAUAUAAUUUUUUUCACAUUGUGACGCCUUUAACAAACAGCAUGCGAAACGAGCCUUUGUAACAACGAUAACAACAACAAUAAUAUGUUAACUUGGAAAUAAAAAAAAUAAAAUAAAAAAAAAGUGCUUGCUUCGUUCAUAAAUUUAUUAUCACUAAAAAAAAUUUUUGUUACAAACAAAAUGUCGAAAAUUAUGACGACGUUGUUUACAUAAUCCUGCGUCAUAACAAUCGUUAAUUCCCUCAGAAAAAAAAACAAUUUUUUUUGGUCAAGCAGACAAAACAAAUAUGAAAUUUAUUAAACAAUUAUUUACAAAAAAAUAUUUUUAAAAUACGUAAUACUCACAUUUAAAUAAUUUUUCUAUUUAAUAUAUAUUUUCGCACUUAUAUGACUAUUAUACUCCUGCCUUUAUAUUGAUAUUUAUAAAUAUAUAUAAAUACCUUUUUUGUAUUAUUAUUGAUAUAAGUUAAAACUUAUUUAUUAUUACACUAGGUAGACAUUAAAAAAAAAAAUAAAUAAAUAAUUAUAAAAAUCAUUAUCAUCAUCAUCAUCAUCAUCACCAUCAUUGUUAUCGUUAUCGCUAUCAUUAUCAAUAUCAAAUAGCAAACAAUUAUGCUUCCAAAUAAAUUCGCAACACACAGCUUCCAUUAUAUCCUCCGAUAAAGUAAAACUUUCUGUUCUUUGUAUUCAAUAAAAAAAGUAAAUAACUAAAAAAAAAAAUAAUAAACUUGUUAACAAAUAACUCAAAAAUAUAAAAAUUACGUAAACAAUUUAUUGAAUACCAAGAAUAAUAAAUAUAUAUUCAAAAAAUGACAUAAAUACGUGCCUAAAAAAUAGCCUACGCGUUUAAAAAACAUCUUGUGCAAGGAUCGAUGGUACAUAUAUAACAAUUAAUGGAAUAUAAAUAAAGUUUUCAUGUAUAAAUAAAUAAAAGUUACAUAACAAAAUAUAUUAUUGAGUAUAAAACUUUGAAACUCUGAUAAAACUAUAAAUAUAACGAUUAAAUAAAUAUAAAUAUAUACAAUUACAAUAUUGUACUGAGUGUACCGAGAGACGAUUGUAUCAAGCAAUAAAAAAUGGUUACCCAUGCCCAUGAUAUUGUGUUUUAUUUUUAUUUUAUUCUUAAAUCACGAUUACGAGUUACAUUUAUCAAUAACUUGUAACGUCUCGCGGGAGUUAUCUUUGCACUUUCUCUGGAAUUUCCAGAGGAUUUCCACUAUUCUCUCUCUCCCUAUAUAUAUAGGUAUUGGUAUAUAAGCUUGAGAAAACUUAAUACUUUCAAAUUGCCUUCUGUGUGUGAGAUUUACUUACUUACACAUACAACAGAACAGAGAACAUUAAAGUGUCGUCUUUAUUCUCCCACCUGGUGUUUGUUUAUCCUCGUCAGAAGGUUGGUCCAUGUUUGAAUCAUUAACCAGUGUGUGAUACCUUAUCAGUUCGCGACGUAAGUAACAAGACGCCACUUCGUGUUUAUUUCUUUAAUGUACAAAACUGAUUCACUUCCAACUCAAAGAGUAUGGAAUAUUAUUAUACUUUUUGUUAUUUGUUUCUUUUUUUGAUAUCGGAGGAAAUGUGCGAAGGAAAGCUUUGGUGUUAUAAAUGUAAUGCAGAUUUAUCGAUGGGGCACAAAAGGGACUGCAAUGACCCGUACGCUCCAGCACCAUCAAUCGAUCUUGCCGCUUGUCCUGACAAUGAGUCACACUAUUGUCUCAAAGCUUUUGUAUAUUUUGGAAACCAGGUAAUAAUUUAAUCAUCCUAGUUUCUGAUGGACAAGUGUUAUAAAUAUAAAUAACGUGGGAGUUUUGGAAGAAGUUCAAUAUCCGUCGUAACUUUAAAUAUUUUCAUGAAAAUUCUACUCUAUAAAUUUAGCAAAAUAUUUUAUCUACAAACAAUAAAAUUCUUAUGAAACUUCCGUGUUGUGAAAAAUAAAUACUCUGUAAAAAAAAAAAAACUAUAUAAUAAGGAAAUAAAAAUGAAGAAUGAAAGAUACGUUUGUGAAACGGGAAGAGAGAAUUACUCAAUUUUGCAUAUUUUACUUUAGUUCUCGCCAACGUGCAAAGUGACUCAAACUGAAGAUAAAGAGACAACACUUCUACUCCAUAUGUUAAUAUAUCUAUAACUUCGUUUUAGUGUA